GCUCCCAGCGUCCAUUGCACACCCCGUACAUUUCCCAGUUAGCAGCGUUAGCGGGAGCACAUUCUCCGCGCGUUGCCUCCUGGGAAGUGUAGUUCCCCCCUCCCCGUCCUCCAAAGCGCGUGCGCGGGCUCCACUCUGGCUCCGCGCUUCCUCCUCCUCGGCUCCGUUCAGUUUCCUUGGCGGAGGCUCGUGCGCUCGUCGGGACGCGCCCCCCUGCAACGCUGGGCAAAAUGGCCGCCGUACGCCGCGCUCGCAGUGACUCCCGCUGCGUGGUCCGCUUCUCCGACCGAGAACUCUGCUAAGUCUCUCUCUUCCCCUUUGCUUGUUACGGGAGGAUAAGGAAACUAAACCAACCCACACAGAGGAGAGGAAGAGGAGGGGGGGCAGCUCCCUGAAAUAAUAAGCCUGACCCGAAAAAGGGGGUGGGGCCGGCCGCCUACGUCACCAGCAGCGUCACGAGGACGAGCGUUGAACACGCCUCAGCAUGGCGGAAGGUGAAGAAGAUUGUCACUCUGACAUGGUAAGAGUGGAUGAUCAUGAAAGAUCUGGUGAAACAAAUCUUCAGGCAGAGCUCCAGAUGUUCAGAGCACAGUGGAUGUUUGAACUUACCCCAGGGGUGAGCUCUACAAAUUUGGAAACUCGAUCCUGCAGAACAUCGGCAAGAGGUUCAGUAAAGGCUGUAGAUUCCAAAGGAAAGCUGGAACUAGCAAAAGAGGAAAAGGCAAGAGAACUGUUCCUGAAGGCAGUGGAACAAGAACAAAAUGGGGCUCUUUAUGAAGCUAUUAAGUUCUACCGUCUGGCUAUGCAGCUUGUCCCAGAUAUUGAGUUUAAGAUUAACUACACCCGAUCGCCAGAAGUUGACAAUAUUGGCAAAAGCUACCUCGAAGAUAACGAGGAAGACUGCAAGAUGGCUGACCUUCUGUCCUACUUCCAGCAGCAACUUACUUUUCAGGAAUCAUCCAUCAAACUCUGUCAGCCUGAGCUGGAUGUGAAUCAGACUCAUAUCUCAGUGUUGCCAAUGGAGUUAUUGAUGUAUAUUUUUCGAUGGGUGGUUUCCAGUGAUCUGGAUCUGCGAUCGUUAGAACAGUUAUCGUUGGUCUGCAGAGGUUUUUACAUUUGUGCAAGGGAUCCAGAAAUCUGGCAUCAAGCCUGUUUAAAGGUUUGGGGAAGGACCUGUAACAAAGUGGUUCCUUAUACCUCAUGGAGGGACAUGUUUCUGAAGAGACCCAGAGUUCGAUUUGAUGGUGUAUAUAUCAGCAAGACAACAUACAUACGCCAAGGAGAACAGUCUCUUGAUGGCUUCUAUAGGGCAUGGCACCAGGUGGAUUAUUACAGGUACCUAAGAUUCUUCCCAGAUGGCCACGUAAUGAUGCUAACAACUCCGGAAGAACCUCAGUCUAUUGUUCCUCGUUUACGAACUAAAAACACAAGAACUGAUGCAAUCCUGCUUGGCCAUUAUCGCCUGUCCCAGGAUACAGAUAAUCAAACCAAAGUAUUUGCUGUAAUGACAAAGAAGAAAGAAGAGAAACCAAUCGACUAUCAUAAGUUCAGAUAUUUCUGUCGUGUCCCUGUGCAAGAAACGGAUCACAGCUUUCAUGUAGGGCUACAACUGUGUUCCAGUGGCCGCCAGAAAUUCAACAAACUUGUUUGGAUUCAUCAUUCUUGUCACAUUACUUAUAAGUCUACUGGUGAGACAGCUGUCUCUUCUUUUGACAUUGACAAGAUGUACACCCCUUUGUUCUUUGCACGAGUGAAGAGCUUUACUGCAUUUUCAGAAAGGCCUCUCUAAGAAGCUCACAUCUUUUUGCAUGAAGAAAUUACAGCAAACAACACUUAAGUUAUAAAUGUGUGUGUGUAUGUGUGCGUGCGUGUAUAUACAUAUAUAUAUGUGUAUAUGUGUGUACAUAUAUAUAUAUAUAUAUAUAUAUGAGAAUUUUAUUUUAAAAUUUGGGGAUCUUUUUGGAAGAACUGAUACUGGAAAUAAACAUUUGAUCUAGAGUGGCAGGGUUAUUUCAUUGGUUUUGAAGUCAAGUUUACAUGUUAUUUUACACUUAAGUUGUGAAAAGACUUUGAUAACCUAAAGAGGCAUUUUUGCUAUGUCAUUUUAUGAGUAAAUUUAUAAAAUGUUCUCUGUCCAGCGCAAGGCUUUAUCUGCCUAUGCACCUUAAGUUCAGGUAUUGUUAAACCUAUUGGUGUAUGUAAGACAUGGUGUGUGUGCUUUGGAGGAAGGCUCAAAAUGUGAAGAAUUUGUCCUACAUCUGUGUGUGGCUCUCCUAUACGUUUACUUUGAAAUGGAUGUAUUUGGGUUGCCUUUCAGGUACAGGCAUGGACUUCACUGCAGCCUUACAAAAAAUUAAGCCAAGCCAAGUUGGAAGUUAAGCAUUUGUUUUGGAAUUACAUUGUUUCAUACCAUCACAGUUGUUAAACCAGUAAAUUGUACAUGGUAAGGGGUAGAAGAUGAAAGAGGAGUUACACUGGGAAACUGGCUGCCCUUCUCUUCUUGAUCCAGGAAAUGACUUCUGAAGAGAGAGCAAGACAAAGACUGCUGAACAUUAAUGUAUAUUGUUUGAAUUCUGUUAUGCAACAAGAAUAGGGCUGUACUUCAGUAUGUUUGUCUUUUCUUUAAUUCCUCAUGUAACUGCUAAAAAUAUUGAACAUCCCUUGGGUGUUUUGUCAUACUAAACACAUUUUUGCUUUUUUUGGGACUCCUACAGAUGUUCAGGUACUGUGUGCUGCUUCUCCUGUGUAUGUACUUUGGGAGUUGGAUGCAACUUCUGUAUGCUGUAUGGCACUAAUCAUAAAAAUGUACUCUCAAUCAUAAAACUAAAAUUUCCAAAAAAAAAAAAGUUUGGUUUGUUGAGUUUG